AUGGAGGAUGCCAGACCCCGCAUCAAGGUGAUCGAUCCGGUGGUGAAUGCUGAUGGGGCGAGAUUUCUUUUCAAGCACUAUGAGCCGACUAGCACCACUGUUUCGGAGGAGGCGGCGGACAGUGGCAUUGGGGACGACGACUUGUCGGCUGUGAAGAACACGGGGCGUCUGGAGGAAUUGGCAAAGGGGGUGCCGCGGACCAUUUCGAGCUCCAUCACGCUCUACGAUUACCAAGUGCUGGGUGUGGGGUGGAUCAUUUCUCUGUACGAGCAGCGGCAGGGCGGCAUCCUGGCGUUCGAUAUGGGACUAGGGAAGACCGUGCAGGUGCUGUGCGCACUUCGCUUAAUAGCGCAAAAAAUCGACCGUACGACCCAACACCUUUCCCGGACUGGGGUUCAGCUUUCGUUCGAUCUGGUCGCAAACAAUGGGCUAAAAACAGCGUCUCAAGACAGCUCCUGCGCUCAAGACAGCUCCUGCGCUCAAGACAGCUCCUGCGCUCAAGACAGCUCCUGCGCUCAAGACAGCUCCUGCGCUCAAGACAGCUCCUGCGCUCAAGACAGCUCCUGCGCUCAAGACAGCUCCUGCGCUCAAGACAGCUCCUGCGCACAAGGCAAUACGGCCGCACCGGCCAAGGCGCAGGGCAAGCCAAAACGGCCACUGCGACGGCGGUACUUCGUGGACUCCGACGAGGAGGAGGAAGAGGCAGCGCACACCUCAGCGAAGCAGACGGCUAUGGGCGGACCUCCCGACUUCGGUUCUCCUGACUCUCAGUCGCCCCACUGUCGGUCACCACAUCCCCGGUCGCCAUCAUCAAGAUCUUCUCGGUCUGUUUCCGACAACGCGUUAUUUGGCUCGUCUGAUAAUCCUUCUGACCACUCUUAUGAUCACUCGCAUGACCACUCAUCACACUAUCCCGCUGAUCCGAUGGCGGAACCGCGGGCGGACUCGGGAUCCAGGGACGGGUUGCGAGUGCUGCUGUUGUGUGGCGCUUCAAUGUUGGACAGCUGGGAACAUCACAUGCGCGGGAUCCUGCAAGCUAACUGGUUGAUCUGUCGGUACCAUGGUGGUGGGAAGACGGAAGCGUGGGAGGCCUUUGUUCGUGUUGAAGAGGGAGAUCGGGACCGGGCUCGGGACCGGCCGGUGCAUCGUUUAUUGUUGACGACGUACGACACAUACCGCGCGAAGAGCGACUUAUUCACGGCGAAUCGGUUCUGGGACAUGUUCGUGGCUGACGAGGCGCAGGCGUUCAAGAACCGAAGCUCGUUGCUGUUCAAAGCGGUGGUGAAACUGAAGUCGCGUUCCAAGGCUCUGCUAACUGCGACCCCUAUCAUGAACCAGUACGCAGAACUCUGGGCGCUCCUGACGGUGAUUGAUCCCGGUAUCCUGGGCCCCUACGAAGCCUUCGUCAAGCGCUACGGACCCAUACUGAACUACAAGGGCAGCGGAAGUACCAGCUCCCAGGGCGGUAGAAAGGACAGCAGCUCCAUUCUGGCUGAGUUCCGACGGCGGGUUUUACCUUAUAUUUUCCGUAAGGCGAAAAUCCAUCAAGACUCCGCCACGGCCUUGCAGGCCCUGGAAGCCUCGGAGGGCGCUGUCCCGAGAAAUGCCGCCACGAGAAAUGCAGUCGUGGGGGGCGAGGUGGGAAUUGAACCCGGGACUUCGGCUUCCGAAGACGCCUCGCCUGUGCUGCCCGGCCUCGUAAACGUGGUGGCGAUGUUCGAAUUGUCACCGUUACAGUGGGACAUUUACUCUCACUACCGAAAAUUCAAGAGCUUCGGAGACCUACAAAAGGCCAUGAUCAACAUCGCCUACUUGUCUCGUCUCUGUCUUCACCCAAAAUGUUCCCUACCCGUCUUCUGGCGGGAGCUGGCUAUGUGCGGAGACGAUCUAGCUGGCGACGACCUGAAUGGGAGGGACGACCUGGGCGGGCGCGGCGACCUGGGUGGGGGUGAUAACCUGAAUGAGAGGGAAGAUCUUGUCACAGACCCGGUUUCAGAAACUGGCGCGGAGGCCGAGUUGGAUUUGUUGGCGCGCGUGGAGUGUCUGAUGACGGCUGAGGAAAUGCGACGGGCGUGUCCGAAGCUGCAGUUCCUAUGGACGUUUCUGGAAGGGCUGUUAGUCACGGAGCACUCGGUGUUGUUCUUUUCUAAAUAUCGACGUAUGCUGCAGCUCGUGGAACAGACGGUAUUGCAGCCGCUCCUACGAAGAUGGUCGGACCAAGAGAAAGGGUGGGGCCAAGGGGGUUCGGACCCAGGGGGUUCGGACACAGGGGGUUCGGACACAGGGGGAGGGGGGUCGGACCCAGGGCCAAGGUGGCGCUGGGUGCGUCUGGACGGGACGAUGGGUCCGGAAGAGAAGCAGCGUGCCGUGACGGCGUUUAACGGUGACCCGUCGUGUCGGGUGAUGUUGUUGACAACUCGGGCCGGUGGCACUGGACUAACGCUGACUAAAGCGAAUCGUGUGGUAGUAUUGGACCCGUCAUGGUGCAGUACGGAUGAUGAACAGGCAAUCGGCCGAGCGCACCGCAUUGGCCAGACACGGCAUGUAGUCGCCUACCGACUCCUUUAUGCAGGCACCAUCGAGGAAAACAUCUUCCAUUACCAGCUGCAUAAAACAAAGCUGAUUAAUAAUGUCUUCAAAGAAGUUCAUAUACAACACCGACUCUCUCACGCAGAUCUCAAAAACCUAUUCCGAUUAAAGCGCCCUCAAGACAGCACCCUCAUCGCCAUGUUCAAGCAAACUCUAACAGCUGACCAAGUUGACCUACUGCUACGCGCUAUCAGCAAAGACCUAAAACCGGAGACCGACUCAGUACCAAGCAAUAUACCUACUAGGCUGCACGCUCUCGGGUUCUACCCUUUGGAUGACGUCUUGGCCAAGAAACAUUCUCGCUAG